UGCCUGAAAAUGAGAAACGAGUAGUUGACAUUUCGUUAAUGUUAGCUACCACAAGGGUAAAAAGAUGUGUAUAUUUUGACGGUGGUGUUUUGUCUUUUAAGCCGCCUGUGCUGAUGCAUUCUGAACAUUUUGUUGCAGAUUUGACUGCUAGCUGUAAUCUCAAACAACAGCGUUAUAGGCUAAUUACGUCGUCAGGAAGCCAUCUAGCUAGCUAGCCAACGUAGCGUUUACAAAAAUGAAUCGAAGACAGAGUACAUCAAAGAGCACCACCAAAGAUAUGGCGCAAGUAUCAAAGCUGAAGAACAACCCCGUCCCGAUCCGACCAGCUAAACCCAAAACUCUGAGACUAAUAACGUUAGCUGAUCACCGAGUUUUAGCCGAGAGGAAUCAGGCAGUGAUGCCAGUGGGUGCGUGGGUGGAAAGCGGACAGGAGUGUCAGGAACAUCCUGCUAUCAGAGCGGUGCUGACGGAGGAACAGCAGGGGGCGCUGUACAAGGAGAAGGAUGAAAAUCUGCGCAGGUUUCAGGACGCGGUGCGGAGACGCGUGGCGCAGCAUGCCCGUGAUCGAAGAAGGCAGCAACUGCAGCAAACCAGCCAAGCGGUGGAGCUUGAGGGGAGGGUGCUGCAGCAGUCUGGAGGGACAUCCCGGCACCACAGCCCCGGGCAGAGCGGGGCCCUCACCCGCCCACAGGGGGAGCUAGCAAUCUGCAGUCCGGGGUUCCGUUGGGUGACCACCCAGGGUCUUGAGGCCAGCGAUGGGGAUGGCGAGAGCUUUGUUGAGACGGGACAGCAGCAGGAGCACCAGCUCAGCAAAGUGGCCAAACAGGUGCGGCGCAGACUGGCAUCCUGUCAGACGAUGCCUACCGGGGAGCUGGUAUCCGAGCUGCCAGGGGGCAUCUGGAAGGUCUCCCCAACAACAGACAAGCCGGCGUCUUGCCUGCAGCCUUCAGCUGGGGAGGAAGAAGAGGAGGAGAUCCCUUUGAUUGGUCAGCACGACCGGCCGCUUGGCCUGCAGCAUCCCGGGUCCUCGGAGAGUGGCAAGGCGGUGACUUUCCACAGUGGCCCGGUGUGUCACAGGCUGCACAGAGAGCCGUACCCCACAGGUCACAGUCCUGCAUUCGGUACUGACUACAGAGCUUCCCAGGUACUGUGGCCUGGAGAGGAUAAGGAGGAAUUGAAGAGACAGCGGCAGUCUCAGUUCCUGAUGUAUCGGCGCCUCUUCAUGGACAUCGAGAGAGAGCAAGUCAAGGAACGUAGCCGUCACAGGAAACAUCUGAGGAGAAUCUCAAGGAUUAAGGCUGACAAAGAGCAGCAGAGGCUGGAAGAGGAGAGAAGGAUGGAGACAUUACAAGAGCUGAACAAACAAAGCAAAGAGCUGGCUGAGAGGGAACGGCUGACCGUGGAGAGAUUGAGGCAGAAGGAGAUGGAGAAGGCACAAGAGCUAGAGAGGAGAGACAGAGCACAGAAAGACAAGGAGGCUAGAAGGUUCAUCGAGGCUCUGCGCAUCAGGAUGAAGGAGAGGAUGGUGCUGGAGAAGGUGGAGCUUCCCCCUCUCUGUUGCUGUGGAGAGAGCUUCUGGGACUCACACCCAGAUACCUGCGCUAACAACUGUGUCUUCUACAACAACCCCAAAGCCUACGCCCAGGCUCUACAGUCUGUGCUGUUCAACUGUGAGCUGAAGGAUGGGAACCUCAGCCACCGGGCCUCUGCCAGGAGGAUCGCAUCCAUGCAUGCAGUCUCCCCAAGAAAGUAGACCCCUCUGAGAAACUGGAAACAAAGUCACAGCUUUUUUCUCCCCAAUGAUUCGCUAUUCAUACUGAUAAGUUGGGAGUGCCAAAGAUCACAAGGUGCUAGUAAUUUUUUUGUAUGAACUGUAUAUCCUAUUUUGCUUAACUUUACAGAUACUGCUGCAUGUUUUUGUGACACAGUGAUACUUUAUACACAGUGAUACUCUGCACCAGCAGCGUUGAUUUGCCUUAAUGAGAUGUUGGGAAAGACAUUAAUGCUCAGGGCUGUAGGGAAACUGCUUGUAUUCUCAUCAGGUUUCGGUAAAUUCCGCCUCUCUACAUGCACUUCAUACUGCUUUAACACUUUGUUUUUUUAUGUUUUUAGUAUUUUAACAAAUGUCCAAACAAUCUUCAUGAGCUAAUAAUAUGUGUACAUCUUUUUGGCUUGUGUAUGGAGGGUGAAUCGAUGCCAUUUUACAACAAAUGCCACAAAA